AUGAAACUCCAAGAGAAGUCGACCAGUUCGCUACACAUCGAUGAAGAAGGGGUGAAGCGUCUGGAGUACAUUCGGCAUUCCUUGUCUAAGGCCAUGAAGAUGGCUUACAUCGUAGCGCGUGAUCGGAAACCGUGGGAGAGAUGGGCGGAGAACUUUGUCUCGUUCGCGCCUGGUCAGACGAAGGCUGAGCGGUCGUGGAAUUAUAGCCUACGCAGGUUUUUGGACAAGCACGGCGAGGUUAUUUGGAAUCGGUAUUUCUGGAUCAGUUGUGGUACUGCCGAGGAGGGAUAUCAUGUACAUGCCUCGUCCAACGAUCCCAACCACAAAAAAAGAGAGAAAGCCAAGAACGAGUGGGUACGGCUGGUUUCUGAGCUGCAUAAGUUCGCAGAGGCGUCGGUGUUCCAUUUUCUGUUUCACAAAGUCCACCUGUAUUGGGCCGAGAUCACCCAAGAGCCAUACAGUCUGACGUCGAUGCAGACCAGCCUGGGAGAAAAUGAGAGAGCCUACGAGUUUGACCCAGCUUUGCCAGCUGCGAUGCACGAGAAGUGGGCAUGA